AUGAAACCAACAACGCUUCUAGUUAUUCUAAUUGCUUUUCCAAUAUGCGUCCAUAAUUUGGAAUUGCCUUUGUGCCCGAACACAUUUUUUCCAGCUGUUGUGCAAGACAAGUGUACCAAUCCAGGUUCUAAGUGCAAAACACAGUUUGCCGAAGGGCAAUGCGCAUAUCCGAAAGUAGUAUGUGUUUUAUUAAAAUGAGGGAGGGGGCGGUACUUAUAAUAAAAUAUAUCUUUUCUUCCAGACGGAAUCACAACUUCAACUGACUGUAAGUAUUAUUUUUUAAAGAUGAUAUAAAAUAUGCAAAUAAUGUUUUCCGAACUCUUCCGAACUAAAAUCUUACGACUACUAAAUAAAACCCAGAUAUCAACAAAUUUAUCUUCGAAUGAGUGUGGUUAUUCUAAUUUAUAAAUUAUGCAAUUUGAAUCGAUUUUCCUAGACAAUUUUCUGUAUUCAGUUUUUGAUAAAAAUUGAGAAAAAGAGGUCGUUCCAGAAUUCUGGGACGAUAAAAUACAUAUUUUGCAGGAACCUCGUUGCUGUCCCGACCCGAAUUCGCCCGUUGAUUUUCAAACAAGUAUGAAAUGCGUGGAAACAGAUGAACUUCCUUUUUUUGGAUUGUAUUGUAAAAAUGGUUAUGCUUUCGAAAUUAGCAAUAAAACUGCAGUAGCUAAUGAAGGUAAAGGAAUUACUUGCAAGUUUAAUUCGGAUUGUGCUAAAGGAAGUUAUUGUGUAUGGACUGUGAUAUAUGCGUAUACACCAGUACAAAAAUGUUUUGUCAUUGAUCCACCGAAAGAAGAAGAUAACACAAUGCUCAUUAUCAUUAUUGUUGUAGUUGUUGUUGUCUUGAUUGCUAUCAUCGGAAUUGUUGCAACAGUUUUGAUUAUUAAGAAGAAGAAAAAAGGAAACGGUGGUCAAAAGAGUUCGGCUGAAAAUGGCGAGAAUAAGAAGAAAGAGAAGGCGAGCAAGGAGAAGAUGAACAAAGGGAAAAAGGGAUCCGAUGUCUAG